AAUUCCACUCCAUCUGAAACUUCCCUCCCCUUCAGCACGCUCCCAAAUUACAGCGAUGGAAUGAAACUAGGGCUCUUUGCCUUGCAGUGCGUUAGUGUUUUACCCUGCUAAGACGAUCAGAAACAUUCCUCCUGUGGGUUUCCAUUAUGGCUAGCAGUCAGUCCAGCAGUCAACAGAUCCUGUGGAAAGAUGUUGAGAUGGAAAAAGAGAAAAAGAGCAAGUACCACGCCUAUCAGCGAGUGGCUCUGGUGCUGGCUCUGGUCUUCCUUGUUUUGGCUCUCUGCAUUUUCAGCCUGAGAUACCUGUGGAGCCCCAGUCAGGGGAAGGUAUAUGAUCAUCAGUACAAGGCUGUGUUGGAUGGUGUAGAGACAGACAGUGUGAUGGAGAUUGACCCAGGUCAGCGCAUUGAGAUCUUCAGAAUGGGAAAUGGAAGCGAGGAGGUUCUUGAGUUGCACGACUUCAAAAAUGGCAUCACUGGGAUCCGGUUUGCCGAACAUCAGAGGUGCUACAUCAGGACCCAAACCAGGAAACUACCCACAGUGGCAGAGGUGGAGGCUGAGGACACAGAGUUACUGCAGGUGCAUGAUACCGAGUCCAUGGAUAUGAAGGUGGAUGACUCCCAAGUGUGGGUUCCUGCUGAGGAGCCCAUCGUUAACUCGGCCUUCCUCUCUGACUCCAAGAUCUGGGAGAUUUGCCAGGAGCUGCCCAUUCACUGGAUCCAUCCCUCCCUUCUGAGCGAGGCUGAGGUGGAAAACGUGGACGCCCCCGAUGCGGAGGUCACAGGUCAACGUUUCGCCCGCGACGUCCUGGACCACGUUCCCGUAAAUGACUAUAGAGAUGUUGGAAUCGAGCUGGAUAACCGACUGGAUGACCACGGCUAUUGCUGCCAGCACUGUCGGCGUGGUUACCGCUACUGCCGUCGCUACUACGAGCCCCUGGGUGGCUUCAACCCGUGGCCAUACUACUACCAAGGAGGUCGAGUCAUCUGUCAGAUUGUCAUGCCAUGCAACUGGUGGAUUGCUCGAAUGCUGGGAAGGAUCUGAGGAGGGCAUGCGCAGCAUGGGAUUGAAAUUGUUUGUGGUUGUAAGUGCAAAGUUUCAUUACGAAACAGAAUUCUUGUGAGACCAAAGCAGUUCACUGCAGACAAUUAUUAACCUAUCAGAAAGUUGGCCCAUUGAGGUUUAGUCGAUCUAUACAGUCUAAAUGGCAUUUGAAGCAUUUUGAUUCUUUCGCAAAUUGCAUUGGUCGUUUACAGCAGCCUAAUUUUCUUUGCUUAUCUACCCAUUUAAUAUCCUUGCUAUUUGAUCCUGUUGAAUGGAUGUAAUUUAGUUUGGAAGAUGUCACCAGAAACUAAUCUGCUCUAAAAGUACUUCAGCCCUGUUUAUCUUCACUUGGUCGUGCAUUUAUUUUUUGCUUCAUGAGUUAAAAAAAAUUUGCCAUACUAACACUGUGUAUGUAAUGAAAUGUACAGACAGUGUAACAUUAGAUAGUAAUUUAGUCAUUUAUGUUACACACACACACACACACACACACACACAUGGCUUGUUGUUGACUGGCUUGUUGCAUCACACCACUUCUAUCUGUUUGUGGUGUUAUGUUAAACUAAGGGGGUAUAAUUAAAGAUGCACAGAUCUCAGCUGUCUUUUGUGAUGUAGUUACUGUUGUGUUAUCCUCCAUUGUUUUCCCUGUUGUUGCCAGCCAUGGAAAGCUUUAAAUAGUGCUGCUGUUCAAACAGUUUCUUCUUUGCUGAGGCGAUUUUAAUCUGUAACACCACAUCUCAGUCUGUUGAGCUGAAAUAAGUCAUCUGCAACUAAAGGAUAAGCAAGCGAGAUAGACAUUUGUAAUUGAUGUUCUGUCAUCGGAAUAACAAGGUACAUAAAUGCCCAGGAGUAUUCGAGCUAUGUGAGAUAUUCGAAAGUUAAACAGAGAGACAAAAGUGGAGCACUCUUGUUGUCACAGUUUGCUUUGAGGCCCUCUGUAUGUUUCUACUGUAUCUUUUUGCUUAUUUUUUUCCAAUUAAAAUUUUAUUGUAUGAAUAAUUUCAGUUGUCCUACCAUAUGAAACAACGAUUUCCUUGAAAGAAAUUUACACUCUGGGGCAUUUGUGUGAAAGCUAAUGCAGUGUGGUUCUGAGUGUGACUCAUGCAAUUCAUAGCAUAGACAGGCUUCUGUCUCUCUUCACCAUUAGUCCCACUGCUCAUUAGCACAAACUUGUGGUGUCAGAUUAAAGCCUCUUGACAAGAAAAAAUAGACAUGUAUGCUUUUAUUGUUUUUAUUUUAUAACCUGAGACUCUUUUCAGUAUAUGAUGCAUAAUAAUGUAGUGCAUUGCCUGCUUAGUAAAUCUUGAUGUUGACUCA